ACAGGAGCAAUAUCAUUAUCAAACCUUCACAGUGAUGGAAUAUGGUAAGUACACAUGUCUUGAUUUUACUUUCUUGAUAUUAAUUAGGUUUUAUGAAAUUUUCAUGAAGACUGUAGCUCAUCAACAAAGAUAUGUGAGUUCCCAUAUCUGAAUGAAAUUGAACUAAGAAUAGAAAAGAACAUCAAAAAAGUACACAACGAGAACACUUUUUAGGUUUUCAAUAUUUACUUGACCUGUAUCAUACAACAUGGUAUAAUGCAAAAUAAUAGAAUGGCAUUAAAAUAACAUUAGAUGCAAUACAAUGUCAAUUAUUUCACAUUCAGUAUUAGAGUGGAAUGGUUAAAUAUUUAGAUGUGGGUUUGAGGUAGAGGGGCAUAUUUAAUAAUUAGGAUUUACAACUAGCUGAAUAUGUUAAGGUUUGGUUAAAAAAAAAAUAUAGGAAGUGCAUACUCAUUUAUUGAUUAUAGGUUUAGGAGAAGCUCAUAAGGUAAGCUUUCUCAGUGCGUCAUAUAGGCUCCAUUGUUACCUUUUGACAAGUGUGAGCACUAUAAUUUGCUUUUGAACAGCUGAUGUUUGUGACCAGAUAUGGAUGUGGAUACACUGAUCAGCCAGAACAAUAAAAUCACUGACAGAAGAAGUAAAUAACAUUGAUUAUAUCUGUCAGGGUCUUACCUGAGGUGGGAGUCCAGUAGGCAGAGAUUUGUGCUCACCCUUGCAGAUAUACACAGUCCAAAAUGAUAAGGUUAGAAACCAUCAGGACUGUGAAUCUGUGCAUGGGGGCUGUGCAUAAAAGGUGCUCCAAUUUGCAGUACAGACAAGGACACAAGCAGAAGGAUCGUCAAGGAUAAAUCGAAGUCAGAGGAUGCCAGAGGUCAGGAGCCGGGGUCAAUCUGGAGAACAAGUAUCAGGAGACAAAACAGGAACAAAACACGAUCAUCGAAUCAAAGAACUGACAAUGUGCUCAUGGAGAGGCAGGUUUAACUAACUUGCUAAUGAGCUAUGAGGUGGACAUAAAGAGACAGGAGCAGCCACAGGUAAAGUCCAGCCCCAUAGUGCUGCAGACAAGGCAGGAUAGGACAACAGGCAGAAACAUGAACUGAAGUGUGGCUCAGAGGCAAGACAGCAGGGUUAAGACAGCAAGAGUCCAGAAUUCAAAUCCUUUUUUUGGCACCUGUGAAAUGGCCACGCCUGGAUGUCACAGUGAGAACUAUGACAAUAUCAUUACAAUGGCAACUAUCAAGUUGUGGAUUUUAUUAGGCAGCAAGUGAACAGUCAAUUUUUGAAUUUCAUGUGUUGGAAGCAAGAAAAAUGGGCAAGCGAAAAGAUCUGAGUGACUUUGACAAGGGCCAGACUACUGUGUCACAUCAUCUCUUGUGGGGUGUUCCCAGUAUGCCGUGGUUAGUACCUACCAAAAGUGGUGCAAGGAAGGAAUACUGGUAAACCAGUGUUAUGGGCGCCAACGGCUCAUUAAUGCACGAGGGAGCGAAAGCAAGUCAUCUGGUCCGAUCCCAUAGAAGAGCUACUGUACCUCAAAUUUCUGAAAAACAUAACAGUGUCCAUGAUAGAAAGGUGUCAUAGCACACAGUGAAUCACAAUUUGCUGCAUAUGAGCAGACUGGUUAGAUGCCUAUGAUGACCCCUUUUCACUUCAGUGAGGAAAUGAGAGUCAGAAACAAUGGAUGAAGGUUGCCUGGUUUGACAAAUCACAUUUUUUUUAGAUCAGGGCAAUGGCCAGAUUCAUGACAUCAUUUACUUUGGGAAGAGAUAGCAGCAGGAUGCACUUUGGGAAAAAGGCAGGCUGACAGAAGUAGUGUUAUGCUCUGGGCAAUGUUCUGCUAGCAAACAUUGGGUCCUGGCAGUCAUGUGGAUGGUAAUUUGACACAUACCACCUACCUACAGACUAUGUGCACCGCUUCACGGCAAUAGUGUUCCCUCAUGAAUUUUAUUUCUUAAUGUACCCAAUUCAUCAUCUGAUUUGCCUUUUUUCUGAAAUGUAUAUAUUAAGUGGGACAAAAGGCUUCUGACAACUAACCAUCUUAAUGAAAAUGCAUAUUUUGGCAUGUAUGAUAUUUUAUGAGCAGACAAAUGGGCAGAGGGCAAAGGUUAUUUGCAUGUGUGCAUUUGCGACAUCAUAGAUUUAUUGUCUGGCCAUGUGUAAUGCACUAUUUCCUCCCAUAGUAUUGCCAAGGUUUGAAGUUCUUCUGAGCACACCUGUACACCAUUCAAUAACAAGUGGACCAAUGGUUGGAACAGUUACUGCAAAGUGAGUUUUGUUUGUUAUUAUUAUUAUUGUUAUUAUUAUUAUGUUAUUUAUAUAGUGCCAUCAAAUUACGCAGCGCUUUACAAUGGGUGGACGAACAGACAUGUAGUUGUAACCAGACAAGUUGGACACACAGGAACAGAGGGGUUGAGGACCCUGCUCAAUGAGCUUACAUGCUAGAGGGAGUGGGGUAAAAUGACACAAAAAGGUAAGGAUAGUAUUAGACUAGUGACAGUUGCAGAAGAGGAAUCAGUCAGGAGCUAUUAACAAUUUAAUUGAUAUGCUUUUAUAAAGAAGUGGGUUUUUAAUGAUUUUUUGAAGGAGUGGAGACUGGGUGAGCAUCUAACAAGUAUUAACUUAUUAUAAGUAUUAACUUAUUAUUAAGCAUUAAGUUAUAACUUACAAGUAUGUUGUUCUAGCUUGUGAAGUUACAGACCUCCCAGUGUUGCUAUUUAGGAGUGACAGACCCUGUUUUGGACCCAAAUCCAUCUAGUCCUCUUUUUUAUUCUAAUUCCCCUCUUCUCUAGGAGCAAUAUAAUGUUGGUGUGCCUGAGCUCCACAGCAAUAUUUUUUUUACAGUAACCAGUAACCAUCUUUAAGCUACAUUAAAUAUGUUCUUGUUAUAAACUGCAUUUUAGUUGCAUAAAUUGUUAUUAGGUCAGCUAAAAUUUCUCAGAACAGCCCCACUCACACCCCUAAAAUCAGUGUCUCCUUUGUCCAUUUGAAAUGUUGGGUGGUAUGAAGUUAUGAUAGAUCUCCACAAGCGCAGUCUGCUAAAGCAGCUGCUGAAUCUAUCUAAAUCUAUUUAGGAGGGCUGUCCCUGUUUUGGGCCCAAAUCACUCCCUUUUCUUGGAACUCUGUUUUGUUUAUGUGUCUGAGUGUGCAACAAAGCUUCACAGCAAUAAUACUCUCAGAAAUGUGUCUCUAUACCAAUAUAAAUGUGUUUCGAAAUCAGUCUGUGUAAAUAACAUGCAUUACUCUUGUUCUAAUUACAUUUUAGUUGCAUAAGUUAUUAGUAAGUCACUUACAAUUUCUUAGAACAGCCUUGCCACUUAGCACGUGCCCAGUGUCGCUUCUAUAUGUCUGUUUGUCAGUCCUCCGUCCGUCGGUCCAUCCUAGAAAUUUGUGUAACUAUUCUAAAAUAGUUUUUUCCAUAACUCACUUCAAACAUCAUGCAAAAAGCAGACAUUACUUUAGAUUUAAGGUUCAUUAAAAAUGUAGUUAGUUUUGUGCUUUGUAGUUUAAAGUGGGCAUCUCUAUGGGAAAUGAUACCUUCAUUGAGUCUUUAAGAAAGAUGUGGAUGGAAGAGACAGUCAGGGCAGAAGUGUUUGUGUGACCAAUAUGAAACAUAUCCUCUGGUUAUUCCACAAAUAUGGGCUAUAUUUACCAGUGGAGCAAAAUCCUGUGUAGAUAAACUACACAUAUUGACUACUAAAGUGUACAUUCAUGCUAUUUUUUGGUGAUUGAUUAUAGGUAUACUUAUGGAAUGUCAGUGAAAGGAACUCUGUCCGUAACAGUAACAGCAAAUCACAGGAGGAAAAAUAGUAUUACCAAACUGUUUGAGGUAAGCAAAGACAUUGAUCAUAACAGCUACAGUGAGAGAAUGAGGGACAAAGAAAUCUAAUUGUACCUUGACUAUUCUUGUAAGGUUAUAUAUGUGUGUAGUGUCUUUAUGUUUGUAAACAGGAGUGUUUAUGUAUGGAUCAGGUGUGUCAAUUUAUGGGUAGUGCUUGCAUUUGAAUAGAGGGGUGUGUUUUUAUGUAAUGUUGGCAUUUGAAUGAAGGGAUGUGUUUGUAUGUAGUUGAUUAUGUAGUUGUGUUGAAUUGUAGGUGUGUUUUUAUAUGGAAACAAAUAUAAAAGUCAAACAAAACACGCUAUUUUAAAAAUGCAUUUACUAAAAUGUUCACAAGUAUUUCCUAAGCUACAUUUCAAUAGUGGUAUAAUAGUAGCACUUGAUGAGGAUGCUCUCUUUUUUUCCUGGCACUUACUUGUUAAUGCUGGACAGUGUCCAAUCAAAUGCUUUUUCAUAGAGGAGCAGAUAAAACAAAUCUCCAGUACUCCAAAUCUCAAUAAUUCUCAAAGAAAUGGGUGAAUUUAAGAUUAACACGGUUAUUUACUAAAGGGAGAAUUCAAGGUUAAUUCAAAGUAAAUUCAAUUUUUUACAUUUUUUUUUAUAAUUCAUUAUUUUUGUUGUGCAUCAGAAUACAUAUACGCUUAGAGUGCCACAAGAGCAACAAUAAGCACAAUAAACUCAUGAAUAAGCAUAACAAAUGUGUGACAAUCGAUUAAACCGCACAACAUUUUAAAGCAGGAAGGAGCGCAGAAAGCAUGGUAUCGGAUAAUGGCAGAUAAAGAGUCUCUGUAGGCAGAGGUCUGUGUAGCUGCUGUGAGUGUUUGGGGAUAAGCUCCGUUGCAGCGUGCUUGGAAGGAGUGCAUUAGCCAUUUUUAGUUGUAGGGCUUAGCCCCGAUAACAGAUGAAAUGUGUUGGCAUAUGCAUCAAAAGUGGUUGGCAGCAUACCAGUGGGGACCAGGAUGACCCCCACUGAUCAAAAGGGGGGUAGGAGUUCGGCAAGGCUACUCACUGAAUAGACUAAUGAGAGUAGCGUCCCCCUCCUCCCAACUCCAGUUCAGGUAGGCCACAAUGCAGCAUUUUGAGCACCCACAAUGUGGAUAGAGCACUGUAUUGAAUAUUGUAGCUUAUGAGUGUCUGGAAGCACCCUGAUCCUAAUGAUGCGGACUGUAGGUCAUGCUGUUUCCGACCGAAUAACUCGAAGGUCAAGCUAUGCCCCACGGCAGUUUCAAAUUCAAGGUAAAAAAGGCUGAAAUGGAAACAUUCUGUAAGUCAGCUUUGUUUCCAGUUCGAAUAUGUUGGUUUUAAAUGUGAAAUUUGCUUAACUUUUUAUUUAAGUGUAGAUGAAGUUCUGUUUGUUUCAACAUUUCUUUAAGUGGCAUGUAUAAUUAUCCAACAAAUGUCAUAUGAUUUGAGUGUUAUAUUAAGAACAUUUUCUGCAUAUUUUGUUUAACUACAGAUAAAUGGAGAAUCAAAGUUUAGCUUUAGUUCGUUAGAAUUGAAAGAACUUAUGAUGAACAGACAAAGAGCACAUGACUCUGACUCCUCUGUUACUGGACCACUGGACAUUAACGUCAGUGUCAAAGAAGCACUUACAGGUAAUUUGUAGCAUAUCCCUGAAAGCACUAAUAUUAAAUCAAUUAUAAGAUUUACUGUAUUUGUAUAAUUAACUGUAGGUUUUGAACAGAAACAUUUUGCUGAUGGAUCCAUUGAAUCACAUCAGCUGUCUUUCUUCAAGGAUAUCUCAACGUCCAUGGGGCUUUUCUGUCAAAUGGUACAGUAG